AAAUCAAAGCGUCGUUUGACUCUGUAGUAACUACAACGCCAAUCUGCUGUCGUGACUGGCGCGUUUCUAACGAGCUAGUGCAGUCGGUCCGUAACGUUGUCGUAUAUUCAGAAUUACUUUGACCCUACACUACCCGGAAUAAGACGAUGUUUCUAACACGUUCCGAAUACGAUCGCGGUGUGAAUACUUUUUCACCGGAAGGUCGUUUGCUGCAAUUGGAAUAUGCCAACCAAGCGAUCAAGCUGGGAUGUACAGCAAUUGGUAUAUCGACAUCAGAAGGUGUUGUCCUGGCGGUAGAGAAGCGUGUGACGUCGCCAUUGAUGGAGCCGACAACAAUAGAAAAGAUAGUUGAAAUCGACAAGCACAUUGGCUGUGCGUCUUCUGGUUUCAUGGCGGACUCAAGGACUCUAAUUGACAGAGCUAGAGUCGAAUGCCAGAACCACUGGUUCAUUUAUAAUGAAAAAAUGACCGUAGAAUCCGCCGCCCAAGCCGUAUCUAAUUUAGCCAUCCAAUUCGGGGAUAGCGACGACGAUGGUAGCGCGAUGUCAAGACCCUUUGGCGUCGCAAUUUUGUUUGCUGGAAUUGACGAACAUGGACCACAACUGUUUCACAUGGAUCCAUCUGGUACUUUCGUUCAAUUCGACGCCAUGGCUAUUGGUUCGGGGAGCGAAGGGGCUCAACAAUCGCUUCAAGAAGUUUACCAUAAGUCUAUGACUCUGAAGGAGGCCAUAACGUCUGUCCUGACGAUUUUGAAGCAAGUAAUGGAGGAAAAGUUAAGCGACACUAACAUCGAGGUCAUGACAAUGACGCCCGGGAAAAUGUUCUAUAUGUUUACAAAGGAGGAGCUACAGGAGAUCAUAAAAAACCAGCCGUCAUUGAAGGAAGAACAGUCAAAACCAAAGUCAGAUAAUCGCGCGGUACUGCCAGGAGCCGCAUCUACCUCUAGCGCCUGAAGAGAUCUAUCAAAUUCAUACGUAUUCUCUAAAUCGAACUUUCCCUAUUCUAUUAUGCUAACUUCAUUCCGUGUCGCACUUAUUAACCUUUUAUAGAAUAAAAAUUUCUCAAAUGAAAA